AUGAAGAAGAAUGCCACUAGAACCUAUUGGGAUGAAAAGAUGAAAGGUUGUUGGGAGGGUCUAUCUAUCCCACCCUUUGUGGGGGAUGGUCCUGAGGGAAAUCUUAGGAGAAGAGCUGAUUGUAGAUGGCAUCCUCUAGGCGAGGGAUGGCUUAAGUUAAACUUUGAUGGGGUGUCCUGGAGCAAACAAGGAGUGGCAGGCAUAGGAUGCUCUGUCCAUAACUGGGAAGGUAAAGAAAUAGCCUUCUGGGCAUUCCCUGUAGGCAUCAAAUCCAAUAACUUGGCGGAAUUAAUGGCCUUGGUGGAAGGCCUGCAUCUUUGUAGGAAAUUAGGAGUGAAGAAAUUGGAUAUUGAAGGGGAUUAUGCUAUAAUUGUCAAUGCUCUCAAAAAAGGCAGCAUGCCCAAUUGGAGACUCAACACCCUACUGUCUCGGGCCAUUGAUUUAUGCCGAGGGUUUGAGAGGUUCACGGUCAAUCAUAUCUAUAGGGAAAGUAACAAAAGGGCGGAUGAGUUAGCUAACAUGGGAGCGGAUGUCAUCCAUCUCCUCUCAAACCUCAUUUGA